AUGGCUUCAUCUCCUGAUAUUACUCUGUAUAGCACAGCAACUCCCCACGGUGUUAAAGUCUCGAUUGCCCUCGAGGAACUCGGCAUUAUAAAACGAAACCGAUUGAUAUUUCCACAAAUGAGCAGAAGCAGGAGUAGGUCUUGCCUUUUCCAUUCUUUGUCUCCGUCUUCCCAACCGUUCCGUGCUACUGCGUCUGCACUGUAUAUGGUUUUUGAAAAUCAAUCCGAAUGGACGCAUUUCCGCCAUCACAGACGGUCAACAUCGCAUCUUCGAGACGGUGCAAUCCUGCCAUACCUGGCAGACAAGUAUGAUACCGACCGGAAAAUCAGCGACGCCCCUGGGACCCCGGAAAGUAUCGAGCAAUUGAGCUGGUUAUUCUGGCAGAUGGCUGGUCUCAGUCCGAUUCGGGGACAAGCACACGACUUCCUAGAUUCCAUCCCCGUCCGCUCCAACUGGGGGAUCCAACGAUUCACAGAUGAGAUAAGGCGCCUGUAUUCCGUUCUGAAAGCCCGGUUACAGGAAUCGCCCUGUCUGGCCGGCGAGAAAUAUACCAUUGCUGACAUAGUCAGCUUCACCUGGCUGCGGGUUGCGCCCAGAAUCCUUGGCUUUAAUCUGGCAGAGUGGCCAACUGUGAAGAAAUGGCAUGAUGCUAUCCUCUAG